CAUGAGUUACAAACAUAACUGCGGGUGACGGGCUAUUUUUGUUUUAGGAGAAACCUGGAAAAAAAUAAGAUUAAAAAAAAUUAUUAUUACUAUUAUUUACACCGUAUAUAUAUAUAUUUUUUGUCAGCCUUAAAAAAUAUUUUUCAUCACUGUUGCACUUUAGCUUUAAUUUAUUAUUAUUAUUUUGUAAAUUCGAAAAGAUGUGGACUUUCCUGGGAAUAGCAAGCUUUACCUAUCUUUAUAAAAAAUCCGACACGGUGGUGAGUUUGGCUCAGAAAGAGCUUGUGAUGGCCGUAGCCUUAUUCUUUACAGCCAGCCUGCUGCUCUCAUAUAUCGCCUAUUUUCACGGCCAGAAGCUCAGAGUCACCCAGGUACUUAAUGUGUUCCUGAACAGUCUGUCUUUGUUACCUGUUAUCAACCACUUAAUCCCCCAAACUGCAAGGAGCGAGCGAGCAGAGAAGAGCUGCAAAGAGGGCCGGAGAACAAGGAAAAGAGUGGAAACGAGCUCCUCUGACUCACUCAGUGCUUCAGCGUGUGAAUCCUUUGAUGCUCCGGAUGUGGUGAUAGUUGGGGCCGGCGUUUUGGGCUCGGCGAUGGCGGCAGUCCUGGCCCGGGACGGCAGGAGGGUGACGGUGGUGGAGAGGGACCUGAGAGAGCCGGACAGGAUAGUGGGAGAGCUGCUGCAGCCCGGAGGAUACAGAGCACUCAGAGAGCUCGGACUGGAAGGCUCUGUGGAGGGUCUGGAUGCCCAUCUUGUGCACGGCUACGUGAUCCACGACAUAGAGAGUGGCACCGAGGUGGAGAUCCCCUACCCUGAGGAGGAGACAAAAGUCUACUGUGGCCGUGCUUUUCAUCAUGGGCGAUUCAUCAUGGGCCUGAGGAGAGCCGCCAUGGCUGAGCCAAAUGUCACAUUCAUAGAAGGCACCGUGACCAGUCUGCAGGAAGAGGACGGCUGUGUAACCGGAGUCCAGUACAAGGAUAAAGAAACCGGAGACAUCAAGGAGGUCCAUGCACCUUUAACUGUGGUGGCUGACGGCUGCUUCUCCAAAUUCAGGAAGAGUUUGGUGUGCAGGAAAGCUCGCACCUGCUCUCACUUUGUGGGAUGCCUGAUGAAGGACUGUCCGCAGUUUAAGGCCAACCACGCCGAGCUGGUGCUGGCCAAUUCCAGCCCAGUGCUCAUCUACCAGAUCUCCUCCUCUCAAACCAGAGUGCUUGUGGACAUCAGGGGGGAGAUGCCUCGUAACUUGCCAGAGUACAUGACUGAGAAAAUCUACCCACAGUUGCCAGAGCAUUUAAAGGAGCCUUUCAUGGUGGCUAUACAGAACGAUCGACUCAGGUCCAUGCCUGCCAGCUUCCUCCCACCCACCCCCGUCAACAAGCCAGGCGUGCUUCUCCUGGGUGAUGCUUACAACAUGAGGCAUCCUCUGACCGGAGGCGGGGAUGAGUGUUGCUCUAACGACGUUUGUAUCUGGAGGAGUCUGCUCAGGAACGUUCCAGAUCUGUACGACGACAGGACCAUGCUGCAGGCAAAGAAAAAAUUCCACUGGGAACGCAAGUCAUCACAUUCUUUUGUGGUGAAUGUGUUGGCCCAGGCUCUGUAUGAGCUGUUUGCAGCCACUGACAAUUCUCUUCAUGAGCUGAGAAAGGCCUGUUUCCAGUACUUCAAGCUUGGCGGAGAGUGUGUUGCUGGGCCUAUUGGACUCCUCUCAGUGUUGUCACCCAAACCCAUGACCCUCAUUGGACACUUCUUUGCUGUGGCGCUGUAUGCAGUCUACUUCAACUUCAAGUCUGAAUCCUGGAGCACCAAACCCCGAGCUUUAUUUAAGAGCGUAGCCAUCCUGUGCCGAGCCUGCAGAGUCAUGUUUCCACUCAUCUACUCUGAACUCAAGUACCUGGUGUACUAAAGAGACAAACUGUGGGAAGAUUUAAACGCCUCAACUGGAAGAAAAACUCACCUUCCUGCUGAAAACAGCACUUUUAGCCAGCGUUUUACUCUUGAUUUUCUACAAUAUUCUUCUUCCUUACUGAAGAUGGUUCCACUUGAUGCCUUUGUUCAGCUUUCGUGUAGCCUCUUUAGUGCUCACCCACAGUCUGCCCUGUCUGCCAAAGCACCGAGGCCUACAUUAGCUAUACUCAUUCCUGCCAAGCAGAAUU